UCUCUUCAUUGAAUAUUCGGGACAGUCAAGCCUACUUUUAAAGAGCACAAAGGGGUUAAAUGCCCAUUUGAAAUCUUUCUUUGGUUCUCUUCUCCAAAAAUCAAUCUUUUGCUGAAAAAUUUCUCAGGUCACCUCCACCAUCACCAAUCUACACCGUCCACCAGAUUUUACACACACAUGGAUAAAGACAGUGAAUGCUAUUCUACUCACCUUAUAGAUGGGGAUGGUACAUUCAACACUGCUGGAAUUGAAAGUUUUAUGAAGGAAGUGAAACUGGCUGAAUGUGGACUUUCCUAUGCCAUAGUCUCCAUCAUGGGUCCUCAAAGCAGUGGGAAGAGCACGCUGUUAAAUCAUUUGUUCGGUACUAACUUCAGGGAGAUGGAUGCUUUUACGGGAAGGUCUCAAACCACUAAAGGUAUUUGGCUGGCAAACUGUGCUGGAAUUGAACCUUGCACUCUUGUAAUGGAUUUGGAGGGCACCGAUGGAAGAGAACGAGGAGAGGAUGAUACUGCAUUUGAAAAGCAAAGUGCCCUUUUUGCCCUUGCUGUUUCAGAUAUAGUACUAAUAAAUAUGUGGUGUCAUGACAUUGGCCGUGAACAGGCUGCAAAUAAGCCUCUCUUAAAAACUGUAUUCCAGGUCAUGAUGCGAUUAUUUAGUCCACGAAAAACAACUUUAAUGUUCGUAAUACGUGAUAAAUCAAGGACACCUUUGGAGAAUCUAGAACCUAUUCUAAGGGAAGAUAUUCAGAAGAUUUGGGACUCUGUUCCUAAGCCACAAGCCCACAUGGAAACUCCACUAAGUGAGUUUUUUAAUGUUGAAGUUGUGGCACUUUCCAGUUACGAAGAGAAGGAAGAGCAAUUUAAAGAGCAGGUGGCUAAUUUAAGACGGCGAUUCUUCCAUUCAAUAACACCUGGGGGGCUUGCUGGAGAUAGGAGGGGUGUUGUUCCUGCUACGGGGUUUUCUUUUAGUGCACAACAUAUCUGGAAAAUCAUUAAGGAGAAUAAGGAUCUUGACCUUCCUGCCCACAAGGUCAUGGUAGCUACCGUACGCUGUGAAGAAAUUGCCAAUGAAAAACUUGAUUCUUUUGUUGCAAAUGAGGACUGGUGCCAACUAGAGGAGGCUGUUCAAUCUGGUCGAGUGCCGGGCUUUGGCAAAAAGCUUAGUUUAAUUCUUCACAGUUGUUUGUCAGAGUAUGAUGUGGAGGCUACAUAUUUCGAUGAAGGUGUUAGAUCUGCAAAGCGAAAUCAGUUGGAAGAGAAAUUGCUUCAACUUGUCCAACCGGCCUACCAAUCGAUGUUGGGACAUAUACGGUGUGGAACUCUGGAUAAAUUCAAAGAAACAUUUGAUAAAGCUUUGGAUGGAGGGGAAGGGUUUUCUGUGGCUGCUCGUGAUUGCACCGAGUCUUUAAUAACUUUAUUUGAUGAAGAAUGUGCAGAUGCCAAUAUUGAACAAGCAAACUGGGACUAUUCCAAAGUUAGGGAUAAGCUUCAGCGUGAUAUAGACGCACAUGUUGCUGCAGUUCGUGCCGCCAAGCUGUCUGAGCUUACUAACCUGUACGAGGCAAAAUUGAACGAGGCUUUAUCGGGACCUGUGGAAGCUCUUUUAGAUGGGGCUAGUGAUGAUACCUGGCCUGCCAUAAGGAAACUUCUUUGGCGUGAGACUGAAUCACUUGUCUCUGGGUUCUCUAUUGCAAUUUCUGGUUUUGAUAUGGAUGAACAAACCAAGGAUAAAAUGCUUGAGAGGUUAAAGAAUUACGCUAGAGGAGUUGUUGAAGCAAAGGCCAAAGAAGAAGCUGGAAGAGUUUUGAUUCGCAUGAAGGACAGGUUUUCAACAUUGUUUAGCCACGAUGCUGAUUCAAUGCCGCGGAUCUGGAGUGGGAAGGAAGACAUUCGAGCAAUCACCAAAACGGCGCGCUCUUCAUCUUUGAAGUUGCUUUCUGUUAUGGCUGUGAUCCGUUUGGAAGAUGAGGCUGAUAACAUUGAGAAUACUCUAACUGUGGCUUUAUUGGAUACCAGAAGUGGUGCUGUUACCAACAAGAGCACCACAUCAUAUGAUGCAUUGGCCUCAAGCACUUGGGAAGAGGUUCCAACAUCAAAAACAUUGAUCACACCUGUACAGUGCAAAUCUCUAUGGAGGCAAUUCAAGUCAGAGACAGAGUACACUGUCACUCAAGCCAUUGCUGCUCAGGAAGCUAGCAAGCGUAGUAACAACUGGUUACCCCCUCCAUGGGCUAUUGUUGCCUUGAUUGUCCUGGGGUUCAAUGAAUUCAUGACACUUCUGAGGAAUCCUCUAUAUCUAGGUGUAAUUUUUGUUGCUUUUCUACUCAUAAAGGCCCUUUGGGUGCAGCUAGAUAUUUCGGGUGAAUUCCGCAAUGGCGCUCUUCCUGGGCUUCUCUCCUUGUCUACCAAGUUCCUUCCCACUGUCAUGAACAUUCUCAGAAAACUAGCAGAGGAGGGCCAAAAACCUGCAGCUGCUGAUCCUCAGAGAAACCCUCCGCUAAUGACAAAGAACUUCCGGACUGGAGUGAGUGAUGGUGAUGAUUUGUCAUCUAGUGCUUCAUCUGAGGUAAUUUCCUCUGAAAAUGGAACUGAAUUCUCGAGCCCUCCAAUGAAAAAGACCAUGUGAAGUAUUCUAUCCGUGUAGAGAUCAACUGUUUUCUGCUUGGCUGAUGCUCAGCUCACUCUAAAGUGGACGCUGCAAGCCCAUGCAUGCAUUUUAACGCUAAUUGUGAGCAUGCUAAAGGAACAAACAUAAUGGCAUGAAUUUUUGUUCAGAUGCCACAUACUGGGGCUGUGGUUUGUUGUGAAAUUCCCCAUGAUAGUUUUAUUUUUUAUUUUUAUUUUCUUUUACCCAUAGUCUUUCAGGUGUCUAUUUUGUUUUUGGUUUGUGGAAUAAUUUACGAGGCUCUCCUUUUUACUUCAUUGAUUCUACUGGUUUGCCUUCUCUUUUGUAUUGUGAGUAGCACAUUGCCCACAUAUUUGUAUUAUCAAAGAUGAUUGUUACAACAAUUAUGUCUCUGUAUUUUUUUACGAGAAAUAUAUUCAAGCUAGAAGAUGAGUUAUGGUCA